AUGGCCGUGCCGCCGCUGCGCCGGGCGCUGCUGCUGUGGCAGCUGCUGGCGGCGGGCGGCGCGGCGCUGGAGAUCGGCCGCUUCGACCCGGAGCGCGGGCGCGGGCCGGCGCCCUGCCAGGCGGUGGAGAUCCCCAUGUGCCGCGGCAUCGGCUACAACCUGACCCGCAUGCCCAACCUGCUGGGCCACACGUCGCAGGGCGAGGCGGCCGCGGAGCUGGCCGAGUUCGCGCCGCUCGUGCAGUACGGCUGCCACAGCCACCUGCGCUUCUUCCUGUGCUCGCUGUACGCGCCCAUGUGCACCGACCAGGUCUCGACGCCCAUCCCCGCCUGCCGGCCCAUGUGCGAGCAGGCGCGCCUGCGCUGCGCGCCCAUCAUGGAGCAGUUCAACUUCGGCUGGCCCGAGUCGCUCGACUGCGCCCGGCUGCCCACGCGCAACGACCCGCACGCGCUCUGCAUGGAGGCGCCCGAGAACGCCACGGCCGGCCCCGCCGAGCCCCACAAGGGCCUGGGCAUGCUGCCCGUGGCGCCCCGGCCCGCGCGGCCGCCCGGCGACCCCGCCCCGGGCCCGGGCGGCAGCGGCGGGGGCGGCACCUGCGAGAACCCAGAGAAGUUCCAGUACGUGGAGAAGAGCCGCGCGUGCGCGCCGCGCUGCGGGCCCGGCGUCGAGGUGUUCUGGUCGCGGCGCGACAAGGACUUCGCGCUCGUCUGGAUGGCCGUGUGGUCGGCGCUGUGCUUCUUCUCCACGGCCUUCACAGUGCUCACCUUCCUGCUGGAGCCCCACCGCUUCCAGUACCCCGAGCGCCCCAUCAUCUUCCUGUCCAUGUGCUACAACGUCUACUCGCUGGCCUUCCUCAUCCGCGCGGCGGCGGGCGCCCAGAGCGUGGCCUGCGACCAGGAGGCGGGCGCGCUCUACGUGAUCCAGGAGGGGCUGGAGAACACGGGCUGCACCCUGGUCUUCCUGUUGCUCUACUACUUCGGCAUGGCCAGCUCGCUGUGGUGGGUGGUGCUGACCCUCACCUGGUUCCUGGCGGCGGGCAAGAAGUGGGGCCACGAGGCCAUUGAGGCCCACGGCAGCUACUUCCACAUGGCGGCCUGGGGCCUGCCGGCCCUCAAGACCAUCGUGAUCCUGACGCUGCGCAAGGUGGCGGGGGACGAGCUGACCGGGCUGUGCUAUGUGGCCAGCAUGGAUGCGGCCGCGCUCACGGGCUUCGUGCUGGUGCCCCUCUCCUGCUACCUGGUGCUGGGCACCAGCUUCCUCCUGACCGGCUUCGUGGCCCUCUUCCACAUCCGCAAGAUCAUGAAGACAGGCGGCACCAACACGGAGAAGCUGGAGAAGCUCAUGGUCAAGAUCGGGGUCUUCUCCAUCCUCUACACGGUGCCUGCCACCUGCGUCAUCGUGUGCUACGUCUAUGAACGCCUCAACAUGGACUUCUGGCGCCUUCGGGCCACAGAGCAGCCCUGCCUGGCAGCCACGGUGCCCGGGGGCCGGAGGGACUGCUCGCUACCGGGGGGCUCGGUGCCCACCGUGGCCGUCUUUAUGCUUAAAAUCUUCAUGUCGCUGGUGGUGGGGAUCACCAGCGGCGUCUGGGUUUGGAGCUCCAAGACUUUCCAGACCUGGCAGAGCUUGUGCCACCGCAAGAUGGCAGCCGGCCGGGCCCGGGCAAAGGCCUGCCGGGCUUCCGGGGGCUAUGGCCGUGGCACCCACUGCCACUACAAGGCCCCCACUGUGGUCUUGCACAUGACUAAGACGGACCCUUCUCUGGAGAACCCCACGCACCUCUAGGGACACAGGCCUGCGCUGGCGGCUGUUGCCCCUCCUGCCCCCGCCCCCUCCGGAGGAGACAGCUGACUAGCAGCUGCCCAGCUGUCAAGGUCAGGCAAGAUACUUUCAAGGUAGAGAAGCAGAUGAAUGGAUACCUUUCACCAACUGCCAAAGACCUUCUAAGAAUUGUUUUGAAAGACAGUUCCUUCAUAACGGCCACUCUAUCCUCACGCUGUUCACAGCUACUCCCAGGAACGAGACCUCUGAAGGAGUCUGUGGUAAGCUGACACACUCAAGAGAAGAGACUAUUUGGUAACAGGCCAGCCUGGAAUUCCCAGAGCCUAAGCUCAGCCUGUGUGUGUCCUUACACAUGAGGUAGAAUCUGGUUGUAGGGGAUCUCUGGGUGGCUCAGCGAUUUAGCGCCGCCUUGGGCCCAGGGUGUGAUCCUGGAGUCCUGGGAUCGAGUCCCACGUCAGUCUCCCUGCAUGGGGCCUGCUUCUCCCUCUGCCUGUGUCUCUGCCUCUCUUUCUGUGUCUCUCAUGAAUAAAUAAAAUCCUAAAAAAAAGAAUCUGGUUGUAGCAGUUCUUGCCUCAUAGUUUCCCAAGUAAUCUUCUGCUCGCCACAGCAAUCUUCUCAGAGAAAAGCUGAUACCUACUCAAAGUCUUCCCUCACUGAAUCCAAUUCAAGGCUCACCUUGGUCCUGUCCAGGAUCCCCAAAGGGAGAAUAAGGAAUACAAAGGCCACCAGGAUGACCAGUGUCUCCAGGUUUACAACAGGUACUCGAGGUCAGGCAAACAAACAGUUAUCAAUAUGUCCUCAAGGAGUGAUGCUCCGUAAGGAUUAGCUUAAAAACUUCUCCACUAAACACAUUUUCCCUUGAAAGUAGGGAGGGCCAUUUGGACAGAUACAGGGGUAUAAGGAGCCAAGGACACAAAGAAUCAAUAAGCAAUGUUUCAUAUUCUACUUCUAGACCCUGAUAACCCUUCAUUGGCUAUUUUACGGUCUCUAAGCUCAAGACCAGGCUUGGAAAAGAGAGUAAGAAACUGACACCAAGGAUGAAACUCAAAUUGCUAGAAACAGCCACCAACCCAGGGCCUUCAGUUACACUAGGAAACUUCUUCGGUGGCUUAAAAGGUAGAGUAGACAAAGGGCUCUCAAGUACCAAUACUUCCCAGAUCCUUUUGGCAGAUAAGACCCUAGAAACCUGAAGAGAACAAUUCUUGGAAAGACAACAGUAACUAGCAAGAGGAAAGCAUCCACUUCUCUGAAAACAAACAAAAUGAGUCCAUGUCACAAUCAGAAUUUAUUUCCUGACCACCUUAUGUUCCAAUCAUACUCUCCACCUAGCAGAUGAAUUCUCUUCAUAAUCUGGAGUUAUGGAUAAUGGAGAGAUCAUGCCUAAUGCACAAACAAAAGGAGUCCUGUAGGAAUGACAGAAAUUAAAGUAUUCCACGAGAGCCCUGCAGGAUUGGGAAAGCAGGGACAGGUGUGCACACCCAGCAUAUUUUAGCAGCACCAUUGCUGUAAGACAGGUCACAUCAAACAUCUUCUUGGACUCCUUAUAACGAAGUCUGAAUGUUCAGAAUGCUAUGAUCUUGGAAACUGUACUUUCUCUUCAAAAGCUCAUCAAAAUCAUGAUCUGUGCUCUUUUCUACUAACCUAAAAGGAAAGGUAUAUUUUGCAAAGGAGGAGGCUGUAAAAGGCUAGACUACAGGGCUUUAGGUUUAUUUUGGGGGGGGCGGGGGGGCUUUUAGGUUUAACCAUGAAAAUGACUCAUGAAGAAUGGCCAUCAGAAAGUGAGAGUCAAUUAGGUUAAGUGUACCAGGAGAGCCCCCCCUCCGCCCCUCAUUCCCACAGGCAUCUAGCGAGAAAAAGAUCUGAACCUUCAUGACAACCACCCUAAGCCAUGACAAAACUAGUUUUCUCUUUUCAAACUUGCAAAGCUAGACCCCUGUAGACUGAUGAAGAGAAAGAUCACUGUGACCAAAGGAAAAAUAACUUCUUUAACAGCAGCACUGCAGCAAAGGCAGUACCUCUGUACCACUGUAACAGAGGAGAGAGGGCCUAGGCCUUCCUUACCCAUUGUCCCUACACACUGAGAAGCUCAAAGCAGCAGACUCGUCCUAAAUACACUUGGGGCCUUGACUUCCACUAAAUCUCAGACCAAAUGGACCUACAUAGGGCUGAUAUUCUUAAAACCAAGUCACCCUACUUCCCACUAGGAGGAUGGUUACAUGGCAUCUUAAAAAUCCAUUCAAAACCACGGCACUUGGGAUCCCUAGGUGGCGCAGCGGUUUGGCGCCUGCCUUUGGCCCAGGGCGCGAUCCUGGAGACCCAGGAUCGAAUCCCACAUCAGGCUCCCGGUGCAUGGAGCCUGCUUCUCCCUCUGCCUGU